AUGCUGUCCUUCCGGGAGGCGCUUGCAGAGGAUGAAUUUCCUGUGUGCCCAGAGGGUGAAAAUGACCUUGAUCCAAGUGAUGGUUGGGACGUGGACUUUUCCCUUGAGGACGCUGUCCGGCCCGAGAUCCGGCUGUAUGCUGGUGCUCGACCAGAUGUGACUUUGUGUUGCAACGGUGGGCGAAAACUAUUAGCUCACCGUCGGAUUCUUGCUGAGGUCGGCUACUUUGAGUCGUUGUUUCAAGACCUUGACCAGGUAGACCUGACUGUAGAGGAGGAUUUGGAGACUUUUCUCGAAGUGAUUCGCUGGAUCUACUGUCGAAGUGCUACAAGCGACAAGGAACGAGCUCUGGACUUGCUGCGGCUGGCCGAAUCGUAUGAGAUAGAAGGGUUGAUUGAUCAUGCAGCGAGAGUGCUGGCAGCACCUUUCAGCUGUCCGACUGAUGGUGAGAACGUGCUUGACGAGGAGAGACUUGAGAAAGAAGAUCAUGACAUUGUCAAGGCCUUCCUACAUGAGGAGGAAAGUCCGAAGGAGGGAAUUCCUCCCAAGCCUCACAAGAUGAAAGAUGUUUAA